CUCCCCCAGUCUCCCCUGCAUCAGGACCAUCACUCGCAUCCUUAGAGCAUCAGCACGCCACAGCACAUUCUCUGCAUCCAGAAGACUCCUGCUCCAUCCUGAUACAGCAGGCUUGAAGCUUUGAGAUUAUAGUAAUGGAGAGCUUGCUGGAUAACCCAAUGAAAGCCGUGCUUUAUCUCAAAGAGCUGACCACUAUUGUACAAAACCAGCAGAGUCUGAUUCAAACCCAGCGGCAGCGGAUCGACGAGCUGGAGAGGAAGGUUGAGGAUCUGAUCGGCGAGAAUCGUCAGCUGAGAGAUCCGCAUCAAUACCACCACCAUCAUCCGCACCACCAUCACCACCCAACCCCGCGGACCAGCAGCCCCCAGCCGGCCGCUCACCCGCACCAGCAUACCGCGACUCACGGUCAAGCCCAGCCGCAGCAGCAUCCGUCCAAACAGCCGCAGCAUCCUCCGGCAGCUCCCAUUCAUCACCCGCAGCAUCUGCAGCUGGUACCUACAUCCCCACCGACUCUCAAAGCGACCCAGUCCAGCCCGGAGUCCACGGAGGACGAGAAAAGGAGCCCGUCUUGCAAGUCUCUGGUUCCGCAGACUCCUUCGACACUGUGCCGGUCCGUUGGUCUCGCAAGGAAACCGGAGAACCAGACGGUUCUACACCAGUUCUGCUGUCCUGCUCCAGACGCCCCUGAGUCUGACUCUCAGGCCUGUGUACCCAGUGAAGAGCCACCCUCCCCUUCUCCCAUUGCAACACCAUCACCUGCCGCAUCGCCAUCACCCGGGGUGACUUCCACCAGUGCCGCCCAGCCCGAGGUCCAGGUGGCACCUCAAGUUGCAGGGAGUACCGAGACACCUGUCGAUUCAGGAGGGGGAGAUGGGGAUCGAGAUGGAGGUGAAGCUCAAGAGAAAGAGAACGCAGAGUUGGAGAAGGAAGAGGUGAGGGUACAAGAGACUGAACAGGAGGAAGAAAAACCCCAAGCUCAACCAGUGCAGGAAGAGGUGAAGAAGGAGACCGAGGAGCAGGAAAAGGAAACAGCAAGUACGGGAGGCACAGGAAGGAGGCCAAGCUUGCAUCACACUGCUUCGCCAAUCAGAGUACAGAGGAAUGGAGCAUGCAGCCACUCCACCACCUCCGACUAUGAACUCUCGCUCGACCUCAAAAACAAGCAGAUCGAAAUGUUAGAGCACAAAUAUGGGGGCCACCUCAUUUCACGUCGUGCUGCUUGCAAGAUCCAGACAGCCUUUCGCCAGUAUCAGCUCAGCAAAAACUUUGAGAAGAUCCGAAACUCCCUCCUGGAAAGCCGUUUGCCACGCCGCAUCUCCCUGCGAAAAGUGCGAGUGCAAAAUACAGAGGGCAUCUCAGCUGAACGGGCGCUGGCUGAAGGCUGCAAUCUGGCAAGUAUCCCGCUUGUCCGGUCCCCAUCCCUGCCCACCACGGUAGGUGGCUCCCUCACUGAUCUCGAAGAUUCCUUCAAUGAACAAGUCCAGUCUCUUGCCAAAUCCAUUGAUGAUGCACUUAGCAACUGGAGCAUGAAGACCAUGUGUUCACUCCAAGAAGGUGGCACCUACCAGUUUAGCUCAGAGGCCUUUAGUACAGCUGGUGGCAAAUCUGGGUUGGCAGGAACAGUCCGAGAAGGUGGCCCCAUGGACCCUGCCACGUUCCAUAGCGGAACAGGCCAAGUGGACAACUCUGAGAAUGUGGCCCGGAGUGCCAGCAAGCUGAUGAUGGCCUUUCGGGAUGUAACGGUUCAAAUUGACAGCAAGAACUUUCACGUGUCCUCUUCCGUUUUGGAGUCCUCCACCUCUGUUUCUCUCGGUAAUUGUGUCCAGCAGGGGGCCAUAAUUACCGAGAGCCCACAGCAAGCUCCGGUUAAUGAUUCAAAGGAACAACAAGGACAACCACCGCCAUUUCCACAGGAUCCAGCUCCUCCACCCCUAGAGCUGGAUGCUGAGGAAGUACCUGAUGGCGACUUCCCAGCUCCUCCACCAAGCGAGGAGGAGCUUGAGGAGGAUCUUCCACCUCUGGCACUGGAGAAAGAGGAAGUUCCAGAACCAGCAAUUCCGGCAGAGACAGCAAUAACCUCUGAAACCUUGUCUCCUCCAGAGGUUGCAGAGACGCCAGUCACCCCAAUUGUAGAAGUUUUGGAAGCUAAGCGAAUUGAAUCAGACACAGCGGACAACAGCUCAGAGCAGAUGAGUAGCAGCAGUACAUCCACAUCAGCCCGGUCGGCUUCUGAGGUCUCGUCCAAAGAGGCUUUACAGGCCAUGAUUCUUAGCUUGCCCCGAUACCACUGCGAAAACCCAACCAGUUGCAAAUCUCCUACCCUCUCUACUGAUGUCAUGAGAAAACGCCUAUAUCGUAUUGGCCUCAACCUCUUCAACAUAAAUCCAGACAAGGGCCUCCAGUUUCUCAUCUCUCGUGGGUUCAUUCCGGAUACGCCUAUAGGUGUGGCGCACUUCCUGCUCCAGAGGAAGGGGCUGAGCCGCCAGAUGAUCGGCGAGUUUCUUGGCAACAGCAAGAAGCCGUUUAACAGAGAUGUGUUAGACUGUGUGGUGGAUGAGAUGGAUUUCUCGGGGAUGGAGUUGGAUGAGGCUCUAAGGAAGUUUCAGGCUCAUAUCCGCGUGCAAGGUGAAGCGCAGAAAGUGGAGAGACUGAUAGAGGCAUUCAGUCAGCGUUACUGUAUGUGUAACCCAGACGUGGUGCAGCAGUUCCACAAUCCUGACACAAUCUUCAUCCUUGCGUUUGCUAUCAUUCUCCUCAACACAGACAUGUACAGCCCCAACAUCAAACCUGACCGAAAGAUGAUGUUGGAAGACUUCAUCCGCAACCUAAGAGGGGUAGACGAUGGUGCAGAUAUUCCACGGGACAUGGUAGUGGGAAUAUAUGAGCGUAUUCAGAUGAGGGAAUUAAGAUCGAAUGAAGACCAUGUCACUUAUGUCACCAAGGUGGAGCAAAGCAUUGUGGGAAUGAAAACGGUUCUGUCAGUGCCUCACAGGAGACUGGUGUGCUGCAGUCGGCUGUUUGAAGUGACUGACAUCAACAAAGCCCAGAAGCAAGCUGCUCACCAGAGAGAGGUCUUCCUCUUCAACGACCUACUUGUGAUUUUGAAACUGUGUCCAAAGAAGAAGAGUUCAGCUGCCUACACCUUUUGCAAGGCCAUGGGACUGCUGGGCAUGCAGUUUCACCUGUUUGAAAACGAAUACUAUCCUCACGCCAUCACUAUCGUGUCUCCAUGUUCGGGCUCUGAUAAGAAGCAGGUGUUGAAUUUCUGUGCUCAGAGCGCAGAGGAGCUGCUCAAGUUCGUAGAGGACCUGAAGGAGUCCAUCGCUGAGGUGUCAGAGAUGGAACAGAUACGAAUUGAAUGGGAGUUGGAGAAACAACAGGGAGCCAAAACUCACUCCAUCAAGAACAACGGGACUCAGCUUGAGUUGAGGGGAAGACAGGGUUCUCCUUCAGGCAAACAGGAAAUGAACACGUCACAGAGCGGACACAAUGCAGUAGAGGUGUCAAUUCACAACAGGCUUCAGACGUACCAGCUCAACGCGGCACCGCCGAGCCCUGAGAGCGCCGCCCUUCUCAACCACCAGAGGGAGCUCUUCCAGCAGCCUCCGUUGCAACGCGCCAGCCCCACACCCUCACACUCCUACCAGCCCGUGGCCCUGGCCGAGAUACGACCCGAUACGCUCAUCCAGUGCCAGCAAAUCGUCAAGGUCAUUGUCUUGGACAAAGGCGGUCACGGCCGCAUGGAGGCGUUCCUCAGCCAGAGCCCCACUCAUCACCAGCUCAUCCAGUCUGUUGUCUCCACGCCAGUGCGCUCACCCGAUGGAGGAAGCAACCAGGGGGGGAACGACGGUUCGCAGCCACCCUUGCCUCCACCGCCACCGCCGUAUAACCACCCUCACCAGUAUAUACCCCCAGAUCCCCGCCUUGCACUGCAGAGGACCCCAAGUGGCUCUCGUAGCCUGAUGUAGAGUCCAAAACGAUAACUAUAAAACACUCCAGGCGCACUUUUGACAGUAUUUAUCUACAUAUGUAUAUACUUAAAAGAAAUAUAAUGAAAAAAUGCUAUCUAUAUGCAUAUAUUUAAGGUAAGAGACAUUUAUUGACUUUGCAGACCCGUGAAACAACCAAUAAGAAAAUAUGAUUUACCUAAUUGCAGUGUAUUUUCAAACGUUAUGUAGUUUUAACAAAUUUCUAUAACGGUUUUCGUCUUUCUGGACACUCUCUGAGGUUAUAUCGUUGAGUACUUGUUCUUGACAGGAUUUCUCUGGUGCAUUUUGUUAUAGACAAAAUGAUUUAACGAAAAAAUGUGACCCAUGACAACAUUCGGUUCAAUUCCACCGACACUUGCUUUUGUGUGGAAGCUGGUUUUACGUGUAAAAUCACCCUUUUUGGCUUUUAUUAUCUUACUGAUAAGUCUAUUUAGUGUGUGUGUGUGUAUGCUUUUGACUGGAAAAUGAUAUACGUGCCAAAAUGAGGACUCCCUCCACCGUGGACUUUUUGCACUGUUGAACGCUUAGGGCUAGAGCAAACAUUUGUGCUUAUAUCAACGAUCAUUUAGAUUCCCUCUAGGUACACAAACAUUUUUAAAAACCUUUUAAGCCGUACCAUUAGCCACAAACUGUUUCUUCCCCCACUUCUUAUGUGGCCGAUGUUGUAUUCCUGUGAAAUGUGAAUUACUUCCUAAUUAUCACCUGUCUUUGAAAAUGUCUUUUAUGUCACUCCUUUUAACUGAAAUGUGUGUAAAUUGAGAAUGUAGAAAGUUUUGAUGCUCUUUCACAUGACUCACGUCAACCUUCCCCAAUGUGUCUGUGCACAGGUCAUAUGUUACAACAUGACUCUCAAAAUUAAGAUUAUUUCAACUUUGACCUCAUCUGCUGAUGAUAUUUUUAAAAUAUAACCAGCAAUUACCAGACAAUUUGCAUGAAUUAUUACGUGAGCAGUGCCAAUGAUAAAAUGAAAACAAGACAGAUGAGAAGCGUUGAUCAAGACAACAUCAAAAAGCAUACCAUAUCAUGAUAUUUGCAUUUUGUCUUUUUUGUUUUAGUACCUGAAAUAUGAAAAAAGUUAUGCAAACUUAAACAUAAACAUCAUCAAAAAUUAGUGUUGAACACAUUUUUUUUUUAUGCUGCAAUCCCGGCAGACUUCCACAAUAUGGUAUGCUUUAUUAGGCGUACACUAUUGCUUUUCCACAGUGAUUCAGUGAACUAAAUUAAAUGGUAAAUGGUUAAAUGGUAUAAAUGGUACAAGUAUAAAUGGCCUGUUUUGGAAAAUGUAGUGUGCAUUUAAACUGGAUUUUGGGUGGUUAGUAAUUGGGGCGCAGGUUUUUGUGCUGAAAUGUUGGCGUUGUGCUAACUGUGUAGUGAAAUUGCUAAAAUGCCAGCAAUCCUUCUGUGAUGCAGCGGUGCAAACAGAGGGAUUUUAUCCAGUUUAAAGCUCAAAUAUGUGUUACCUCUUCCAUUGGCUUUAACUAUGUUCACUAUUUACUGCCUAGCAACUUCGUGAAAUUGCUUUUGCCUUUGACGGUCAAAGUUCAUAGAGGGUUGUGUUAAAGCCCUGACACGGGUCAUGUGAAAGAACUUUUAAUGUGUGGCAACGUAUCACGGCUCAAUGAUGGAAAAAAGAGCCAGUCACAGCCACCGAACGGCUAUAGCUCUCACGCUCAGGAAUUUCAGAGAGUACCUGAAAGAAGACUGAGAUCUUUUAAUGCUUGUACUUGAACUUUAUGUAGCAACUUGGAACAUAUAAGGCCCUUGCGAAAAGGCCAUUUGAUCCCAGCAACCAUCUUUGGACACAAUGUGUUUGUCUGACAUUCUGUGAAAAGAUGACAGAAUGUUACAUCACUGUCAUCACGUGACUCAGACAUUGUAACAUGGUCUCAUAGUGUUACUCCUUCAUCAGUACUCACAACUAUAUAAAACGCCCAACACCAUCAAACUCUGCUGUUUGACUCCUAAAACUCUUGUCUGAAGCUUUUCGAGAGCCAAGUGACACUUGAAACAUCAACUUAGAUGCACAUUGUUGGCACAAAACACUUUAACCUGAAUGUUUGUCUGGUUUGGUCUGAUUUUAUCAGCUGAAUGGAAAACUAAUCAAUGGUUUAUUUUGUUUUGCUUGUAUGUAGCUAUCAUAUAUCAGCAUAUAAAGCAGCAACGAAUUAGCUCUGAUAAAUGUUAACUACCCACAGUCCAACCAUUUCUGAUAAAGGUUGUCAUGAACAUAUUUAAAGUCAACAUGAAACAUAAUUUACCAACUAUUUUGCAUCCAUAAUAUAACAUGUUAAGGAUGUGUAAAGUGAUACAUUAUAUUUAAUGAAAAAUCUGGGACUAAGGAUGGAGUAAUGGAGGCAGACUUAAAUUCGGCUUUACCAUCAAUCGAAUAUGAAGUUGAAAUUUAUCCUUGAUAGCAAAUCUGACAUUGCCUAAAUAGCUAUUGUCACAGCCAGUGAGGGGUCACAGCCAUGGUAAUAUUACCUGGGAAAAGGUAGUUGUUUCAGAGGCACAAAAGCCAGGAAUGUGUAUUAAUUUGAUUUCAUGUUGACUUUAAGCUGUAGUAUUUAUCGUAACACCAUUGACGUGUCAUAAGUAGCUGUGUGUCCAAUUUCCUCUGUUUUCUUAUAUGAUAGGGUGUUUGUUUCAUAAUUAUAUCGCUGCUGUUUGGAGCUCCCAAUCUGAUCUUUGUUUCCUCUUCUCACUGUGUCUUUAUUUCCAAGUGUGGUGAUAAUUUGGGAUGGCGGACACCAGGUGCUUCAUAUAUUUGGUGAGAAACUCAAUACAUGAGUGUAUUGCAUAUCCUGGACCUCAGCAAAUUGUCUAUCCCUCUAUUCUUAAUUUCUGCUCCAAAAAACAUGAACUUCCCAGCCUUGGUUUCCAUAUGUUUAAGGUAAAGGAAUAGUUCAUUCGAAAAUGGAAAUUCUGUCAUUAUUUAAUCCUCUUCAUAUCAAAGCCUGUUGUUGCGUCAGAGUUAAAAAAUAAAACUUAAUGUCACAGAAUUGCUUCAUAUCUAAUUGCAAUAAAUGUAACUUCAUAUCUUUAUUUCUGUUCUGUUUUCAUCAACCCAGGCUAAUUGGAAAAACGUGUGAUGGCAUUUCUGCAAAAUUAUACUAUGUUGCUUUUUGGAUGUUUCAUUGCGCUUUUAAAGUAAAAUGUCAAGCAUGUUAAUUUUUUCUCCAAAAUAGAUGAACAUGAUUGUGCAAACAUUAUAUUACAUUGUUUUUUGUACAUAUUGCUGCAGUUUGGAAAUGUGCACUAAAUGUGCAACUAAACCAGUAGUAUUAAAACAUGAGUUUCCUAAAGCAACCAAGCUUUCUCCUAAAUGUUCUUGAGCUUUUUCUCUAUGGAUAAUGCACAAAGAACCACACAUAAUAAGUCUGUAUUCAACCUGACCUCAUGACGAAAAUUUACCUGUGGAAACUUUUUUGCGAGACGCAAAAAACAGAAAUGUCCAGUGAGUGGCGCUAAAAGAGUGUUUUUUUUUUUUUUUUUUUUUUUUUGCUGGAACAGAUGAACGUACAUAUGGUAUGUUUUAUGUGACGUUGGUUUUGUACGUGUCAUUACAGUUCUCACUUGAAAUGUUGAAGUGUUGUGCCAAUUUUCGCUGAAAUCGCUACAUAAUUGCCUAAUCCUAUCCCCUCCCUCACACCUAACCCUAAACCUACCAAUACUAGGCGCGUAGUAAUCUGGUGGGGGUCAACACUGGAAAGCGAAACAUAUGGAGCUGUAAUCAUAAUUGUGUAUGAAAACGAUUACAGGUGCUUGCUGUUUUACCGCCUCUAGUGUUAAUUCCUGUUGGAAACUGCAGUGAUAUGUACUUAUUGAUACGUAUUUCACGUUUUGCGAAAACUUCAGGUAUAUUAGUACAGGUAUAUUUUAGUCAUUUUUCCAAUGAGCUUGUGUUGGUUUUCAUAAAUGUCACAAUUGUAUUGGAAAGAAUGUUGUGAAUAUUCUUCAAAAUAUGUACUGCAUACAACAUAAUAGCAUACAUGACAUGAGGGUGUGUAAAUAAUGACAGAAUCAUUUACAGAUCUGGCCUUGGAGUAACAAACAGCUGUCACAGAGAACUGUCUUCUCCUUUAUCAAACAUUUAAACAGCAGCUUAGUCGGGAAAAUAAAUAUAGGUGAAUUGCACAACCAGCUCUAAAAUGGUGAAAGAAUCAGUGCUAGUUUCUUUUCUAUGAAAUACUGAGUGACAGGAGUUCACUUUUUGUCUUUCUCUUUUCGUAGCCUUGCAUUUGGCCCCUGAGGGAGUUGGCGUGGAGGUGAUGGAAACAGGGAGCCAGAUGAAUUGUGCAUGACCCUGGUUUUGAAGAGUUUAUUAUGCUUGAGCGAAUGUGCCCUGGCUAGCAAAUAAGAUGUGAUCUAACCCAACAGAUGAGCGUUGAAUUAAAACCCUUCACACAACCAAAGGCUACGAUGCUAACGCUAACCUUGGUUUAGCCUGCAGAAGGGCUGUUGCACUGGUGUGUUAUGCUGCCUUCAAGUCCUGUUAGAAUGAUUGUAUUUAUGAGAUGAGUGCAAAUGAGCGACACCGCAAUAUUGUAAUCAUUAUUAGAUUGUAUGUUAUGUGAAAAUGCGACUUCUGUGUUUUUUGACAUUCUCGUGUGAUAAAACAUGGAUAAAUACAUGAGUAAAGCAUACAUUGUUACAUACUAAUGUGCAUUCUUUCACUUUGUUUUGUAGCAGCAGCGUAAAAAAACAUUCAGAAAUGAAGACAAGAAAAAAUAAAUAAAUAAAGGGCCAAAAAAAUCACUUCUUGUACUUAGAAUUUCAUAACUCAUCCCAGGAGAACUUGAAGGCAGUAUAACAUCAACGUUUAUUAAUGCUAAUUUUGAGAUUAUUUAUAAGUGUGUUUGAAAGACCGUCAGUCCCAGUCUUAUGAAAAUUAACACCAUGGUUUUAUUAGUAAAAGUGUAGUAACCAUUUUUUUUUUUUUUUUUUGGGUGUAUCGACUACCAUUUGUAUAACCACAGUUUUUUUCUACAAAUACCAUGGUUAAACUAUGGUUAGUGUAGCAAAACCAUGGUUAAUUUGUGGUUUAGCUAUAGUAUUUGUACUAUUUGUAGUAAAACCAUGUUUAAUUUUCGUAAAGGCAUUAUCCAGUUGUUGGUCAGUAUGGCAGAUUUACACAGUAUUAAACAUGCUUUCCAUUUAUUACAGAUUUACAUGAGUGGUCUUGCUUAUUAAUUUUCUGUCCUUUUCAGACUGACGUGAGUAGUUUGUUGUAUCCACACAUGAUAGAGCCUUUUUGCAACUGUAAUGCAGAGCUAUGGAUCAACGCAGGUCCAAAGUCACUAAAAGUGGUCAGCUAACUAAUAGUGUCUAUUUUUUUUUCCUGUCAGAUCUGCUUCUAAAAUGGAAAGCAGUACUAAAAUAUCACUGUGCAUAUUGCUUUUGGUUUUUAUACUGCUGCUGUGCCCUACUGGAUUGUUAGUGUUUGUCAAAGUAUGCAAGAAUAAAGUAAGACCAUAGU